AUGAAAACCCUUCUCACAGGCGCUACCGGAUUUCUCGGUGGACAUGUCCUUGACACACUUCUGCGUCGAGGCCACUCCGUGGUGGCUACCGUGAGGUCCGAGGAGAAGGGGCAGCAGAUCCGUGCGUCCCACGCGGAUCUCUCCCCUGAGAAGCUCGACUAUGUUGUCGUCCCUGACAUCGCCGCACCUGGAGCGUUCAGCAAGAUGGAAGUCAACGGCCUGGAAGCCGUAGUCCAUGUGGCUAGUCCAUUCCAUUACAACACGACGGACGUGAAGAAGGACCUCAUUGAUCCUGCUGUCCUCGGUACCACGGGUGUUCUCCGCUCCGUCAAGGAGUCCUAUCCCGGAGUUACCCGUGUCGUCAUUACCUCUUCGUUUGCGGCCAUCUUGAACAUGGGCUACGUCAUGAGUGGUACCAAGAAGACAUACUCCGAGGCUGAUUGGAGCCCCGUGACGCUCGAGGAUGGGCUGGCUAAUCCCAACGUUGCCUACGUUGCUUCGAAGGCUCUGGCAGAAAAGGCUGCUUGGGACUUUAUCGAUACCGAGAAGCCGAAUUUCACACUCUCGACGAUCAACCCUCCGAUGAUCUAUGGCCCAGUCAAAUACCAGGUCAAGUCCCUUGACUCUGUCAACACCUCCAACCAGUUCCUGGCAGACGUACUCUCCGGAAAGUACAAGUCCGGCAUGCCCCCGACGGGCUUCCCCCUGUGGGUUGACGUUCGUGACGUGGCCCUGGCCCAUGUCCUCGCCAUGGAGAAGAAGGAGGCAGCUGGCAAGCGCUUCCUAGUUACCGCUGGCUUCUACAAAAACGGGGAUUUGGUCAAAACUGUUUGGAACAAUUUCCCAGCACUGCGGGAGAAGCUGCCGGAGGAGGAAAACUGGGGGCUUUCCGAGAAGCCAAACCUCGAGCCCUGGGGGUACGACAACUCGCGGGCUGAGAAGAUUUUGGGGAUUCAGUGGACACCUUACGAGAAGACGGUGAUUGAUUCGGUCUCGUCCUUGAUCAAGCAGUAAAUCAGUUCUCACCUGAGUAGUGCGUUCUGAAUGACGUGGCAGAAAGAGUGAGGAGCAAGGAGCAUGGUCAAGUAAUCUAGCUAUCCUAGGAAAGGUGCACUUCUUUCACAGCUCUCAUGUGCUGGUGUUGGCAAUCAAGGCUAGCUUCAUACCAGCUCCAUACAUAAGCUAUUGACUAAUUCAUUUGUGGUCAUAACC